CACCGGUUCUUCGCCCCCGGAAGCAGUGACAGCGGCAGCAGCACACGGCGGUCCCUCCGCGGCUCCAACCAGGUGGCGGCGCUAAGAUGGCGGCGGAGGCUGCGCAGUGCUGGCGGAGGAGGUGACGUGACUGCGAAGGACGCCGCGUGCUGCCGUUGUCCCCCCCCCCCAUCCCCGCCCAGAGUUAAAAGAUCCGCCGCGUCGAAGGCUGUGCCACGGAAACCUGACGAGCAAGCCCGGAUCCACGGAGCCCCGCGGAUGCGCCCGGUUCGCGGGGGCUGGAGAAGGAUGUUGUCCUGAACCAUCGUGCAGAUGAAUAAACUCCAGGAUCCUUGUUGGACCUGUUCAUGGCUUCUAAGAAGAAGCAGAAAGACAUGGUAUUCCAUCAGGAGGGGGUGACUACCCCUGCAACAGCAGCUGCUGCCAGCCAUCCCCCUUCAUGCUGUGCCACCCCAAAACCUGGGAAGGCGAGCGAAGGCGGGAUGGAGGAGGCCGUCGUGAGAGGUGGCGAACGGGAAUGUCCUGCCAGCUUAGACUCUCAGUCAGACACCCUACCACCGGAGACCAUCUGCAGAGGCAUCAAAGUGACACUGGAAAACCACAGCAUGUGGAACGUGUUCUUCAGUUGUGGAACCGAGAUGAUUCUAACUGAACAAGGCAGCAGGAUGUUCCCCUACUGCCGCUUCCGCAUCUCCGGCCUGCAGAUAUCUAGAAGGUACACUCUGAUGAUGGACAUCCAGCCUUUAGACAACAACAACUACAAAUGGACUGGCAAGAACUGGCAAGCUGCUGGAAAAGCAGCACGUCAUAUAAAGAGUCAGCCUUUUGUUCAUCCAGAGUCCCCGGCAACAGGCCAACACUGGAUGCAGAGUCCGGUAUCUUUUUACAGAAUGAAGCUCACGAACAACAUGUCAGACCAAGAGGGGAACACUAUCCUGCAUCCGAUGCAGCGCUACUUACCGCGACUGCAUGUGGUCCAGACAGACAAAGCUGCUAAAGACAUAAAGUUGAACGAUCCCAGUGUCGUUACAGUCAGUUUCCCUCAGACUGAGUUCAUGGCAGUCAUUGCCUACCAGAACACACGCUUUAUUCAGCUGAAAGUCGACUACAACCCGUUCGCUAAGGGGCUGAAGGAGGAUGGGUCCACUUCAUGGGGAAGAAAGCUCAAAGCAAACUCUGGGAAUCCUUUACAUAAACAUGGAGGAACUGCAGCCCCUGAGCAGCAUCCUGUGAAGGAAAGCUUGAAGUCUUUGCUUGCAAACCAUAAACCCCGAAGUUCCAAAACACCAGACUCCAACUCUUCAGUGCCAGGAGAUCUCCAGAAAGCUUCCACUAUAAACAAAGAUCCUCAUGCUGCUAUGCCCCCCGGGGAAAGUUUAGGCAGUGUUUCACGUCCAGCUCAGAAAUUGUUCUCUGAACUGAUUCGUGAAGCUCACGUUUCGCUGCAGAGAUGCAACCUGGAGCAGCUCAGCAUCAAUCACAGCACCUCUCUCAGAGUGGAGCAACCUAACACUAAGAACUCAACUUUAAACGCUAAAGGACAUGGUGUUAUUCAGAUGGACAGUACAUCUGUUAAAGUACCCCCAAGGAAAAGUGAAACAAAAAGGAAAGUUAAGGAAGACAGGCAGCUGCUAAAUUCAUUAAACUGUAAAGACAAUGUCAGGACAGUUAGUUCUGGUGCUGCUUCUCCAGGAGGGGCCCAGAACUCCUCUGAGGACACAGACCACCGAUAUAACCUAGACGCUACAACAGAGGCGAGUGUAAAGCAGCACAGAAGGCCUGCUCGCCUGCCUCUGCCAGCACUCGCUCUCUUUUUGAAGCAGCACUCUAAAAAGACAAAAAACAAACCAGAUUCUCCACCCCCAGCAGCACCAUCUGAAUGUCUGUCCAGAUCGCCGAGUUCUGCUGCAGCUUCUGCACAUUUGCCUUCUGUGGGCGCCACCAGUGCAACUGAUCCCUCCAAGGAUCUCGGUGGGAAUGUCUUGAAGUCUGACAUCACGACCUCUGGAUGUGCAGAUACUCAAGACGAUGUGGUUUUGAAUGUUACUGGACAAACAGCUGCUGCUGGACAUCUGACAUGUCCAAGAACUUAUGGCCGCUUGGCCCCCAUUUCUGAAAGCCUGGGCUCAGAGCUGAUUGGUCCUGACGGUACACCAGUGUUACCUAACUCAGAUCAGCCAUUCUGUACCCUCGGGGCAUCACUUACUACCUCUUCAUUGCCUCCUACUGUUCCCCUGCCCCUUGACACAGUGUUACAUUCCCCUAACUCACCACAAACACCACCUGAAUCCUCCACGCUACCUUUAGACUCCCCCACCCUUAAGUCUUCACUUCCUGACCCAGAGUGUUCCUCUCUCGGCUUUGAGCCGUUGUCUCCUGCGAGUUCUCCAGAACCUUUACCUCACCUGCCGGCCUCGAUAGCUUUAGAGCUCAACUCCACGGCUUCUGAAGCACCUUGUGCAGCAGGACCUCCUGAAGACUUGCAGGACACUGAAGACCCUUCUGUGUUUAAAUGGCAUACAGUGUUACCGCCACCUGAGUCCUUUGUAGACACUUCAUUCACAUUUCAUUCACCACCGCAGACUUUACCAUCUGCUACACCACCUUUGUUACCUUCCCAGACUCCUGAUGACCCUGAGCCACAAACUCCAAACACCUGUAUACCAACGUCUGCUCCUCAUCCCCCGCCAUCAUUUCAAGAGAACGAACAGUCUCUGCCUUUCCCCGCAGAACUGUCCCCUCUCGCCCUUCAGCUGCCUCUUUCUCCAACCUUCUCUUCAAUAGACGGAGAUGGACUCUCGCCCACGCCUUCACUUGCUGACCUUGUGCAGUUUUUAUCCGCCGAUGUCGACCUCGGGAUCGAGUUUUCAAACACGGAGGCAGCAGCUGUUCCCUGCUCACCUACAUCAGAAACGCAUGAACCUUCUCAGCAGGGCCAUCUGCUCCCACCCAUUAAACCCUGUAAGCGCAAGAAUAAGAAGAUCCGGCAGCGAAGGCUUGGCAAGACCAACAUGCAACUGGAGGUUGAUGACACCACUUACAGGAACAUGCAGCCUAACCUGGAGGAAGUGGAGGAGCAGUUAUUCAUCUCCUUCACUUCAAAGGAGGCUCUCAAAUUCCACAUCGCGGACUCUUCUGACAGGCUGGUUCCACGGCCUCAGGCCACACCUGAAGGUCAGAGAGCUGCAGACUCGCCUGAGAACAAUAAUAGGUUAGACAGAAAUGAUGAACAAAGCAACAACUUAAACUCGUCCAAGCCUUCAGAGAGUCUGGAGGAGACAAUCGCUUCCUUCCAGAAGAUUCUGCUGAGAGACUUGAAGCUAAUGAAGCAUAAGCAGGUCAUCCACCCCGUGCUGCAAGAAGUUGGUCUGAAGAUGACCCUGCUGGAUCCAACUCUGUCCAUCGACCUGCAGUAUCUGGGAGUCCACCUGCCCAUCCCACCUCCGGGCACCGGCACGGAGACGGUGUCGACGUCUCAGGGUGUUUCUGCUGCGUUCGUGUCCAGAACAGGAAAAACUACAGAUGUCACUCAGAUUAAAGGCUGGAGAGAGAAGUUUACGCUGUCUGAGACUCAGCCCACACCUGCAGCCUGCAGACCUGAAGCUGGUUCCAGUUCAGAGCUGCAGAAGAAGAACCUGUCGGCAUUCUGCAGCGACAUGCUGGAUGAGUAUCUGGAGAGCGAAGGGAAGCUGAUUGACGAGCGAGCCGCCAGCUUCUCCCAGCUGCCAGUGGAGCCACUAGUCUACGAGCUUCCUAGUAGGAGCACCAGCUACGUCCGGACCCUGGAUCACAUCCUGAAAAAACAGACCGCUGACCCUGCUGCCUCAGACCUCAUAUCUGGAUUCAUCCCCCCCUCCAAGAGACCCCGGCUCAAGGAACCUAAAGCUGGCCGGAGGGGUGAGAGGAAGCAGAAAGGUCCUAAGCCGAACAAACCCAGACUAGCACUUUCAGCUGCUCUGGGUUCUGAACCCAGUCCAGUUAAAGCUCAGCAGCCUGCAGCCCACGCCCCCAUGAUGCCCACAUCGCACCCUGCUGCAGACCCAAACCCAGUCAAGAGGAGAAGGAGGAGGCUCAAACCCAGGACCUCAUCCCAGACCCUCAGUCCUUUCAGGGCCACAGACCCCAUGUCCAGUGUUUCCCUGGACCUGGCCCCACUGGAGUCAGACUCAGAGCUGGGGCCAGACGGCGGGCACGGCCGCAAGAGCCGGCGACAGCCGAUGACCCGUGCUCUGCUCAAACAGAAGGUCCUGGAGGAUGGCGUGGUGUGGGAGGGCCAACGCCGGACCAGUAUAACCACGGAGAGGGCCACCAUCGCCCUGACAUCCCUCUUCACUCAGACGGGUUUUGUGAGCGAGAACCCAACAGCGCCAAUCCAGCUGAGCCGCCGCCGGGCGCCACCCUGUCUGAACGAGUUCUGCCGGCUGGGCUGCGUCUGCCCCGGCCUGUCGUACUCCUCCAGGAUCAGCCAUUGCGGCCGCCCCGCCUGCAUGUUUGGCUGCAGCUGCCUCAAACAGAAGGUGGUCCUCCUCAAGAACCUGGACGGCUCCGACUCCAGCCCCUCCUCCCACCAGGGGGACAAGAAGAAGAAGAAGAAGAAGAGGAGGAGGAUGAAGAUGGCCUAUGUCCUGAAGGAGGCAGACAGCGUCUCCCAGCCUGCCGAGCGGGUCCGGACUCUGUGGAGGAGGGACCACGGAGGCUCUGAUCCAGAGCCGGUCAAUGCGCCUGAAACAGCUCCAGAGACCCGUCCCGUCAAGGUGAGAAAGGUGAGAAAGGCUCAUGGCAGCUGUGCCAGAGUGCGAGGAUACUCCAGGAAGAUCCAGAAAUGGAAGGAAGUAAUGAAAGACACAACUGUUAGACCUGAUUGGCCAAAGCCCCCCAGAGCAAAAAGGCUGAAGAAGACCUUCAGGCAGGCACUCCAGACUCCUCCUGCCACUGAAGCCCCUCCCUCUGAGCCUCCGCCAAGUCCUCCAGCUGAGCCGAUCUCGAAGCCGUCGAAGCGUCUCUUUAUCAUGGCUGACUUUAAGUGGAAGAGUGAGGCCGACCGGAGCCACGUAGUAAUGGAGCUGUGCGAGGCGAUGGCUCGGGACCAGCUGGAUCGGCCAUUCUGGAUCAAGAACUACCUCAUCUGUCCCACUUCUCAGUCUGUGGAGGGGAGCGGUGCCGAACGAUGCAUUCAGUACCAUGUCAAAAUCUCCAGUCCCAUACCGAAUCUGGGAAAACCAGGAGCUCCACGCAGACAGGUGGACCUCGGACGGGUGGGAAGGAAGGUGCAGCCUCUGGAGGAGUUGGAGCAUAAAGUAGUGGAGGAGGCAGAGCCUCCAGAAGAUUGGCAGAGAGAGUUGGAAGAAGACGACAUCACGGAGGAAGAAGGCUUUAUGGGUCACCAGUUGGAUGAUGGGAAGGAGAGAAGCGGCGAGGAAGUGAAAUUUGAGGUCAGCAUGGCUCUGCCUUUCCUCACGGGAAUCUCCCCUGCCGGCUUUCUCUCAGCCAACAAGAAACAGCCAGGAGGAACGGACCAGCUGAUCCAGGUGAACGGAAAGCUCUACCCUCUGGCUAAGAUCCAGCUGGGGAAGAUGGGGGCGCUCCACCCAGCCAACCGUCUGGCAGCCUACCUUACUGGCCGGGUGGGCUCGAACAGGCAGCACCAGCAAGCUUCUCUGCGACCCUCCUCUUCCUCCUGUAAACCUCCUCAGGCAUCAGGGCCGACGCCUCCCAUCGUGUCCUUGGCUUCAUCCGUGCUCUCUGGCCUUGCUGCCAUCGCUGCAACCACUGCAGCCACCAGUGUUACCACUACCACCACCGCUACUACAUCCACUGCUUCCACCGCUGUGACUCCACCCAAACCAGUCACUCCACUCAACCUCCUGACCACCCACACCGACUGUCUUUCCAGCAGCUCUGUGGUUCCGCCUGUUAAUCCGUCUCUGGGUACGACGCCCUCUAAAGCCCCUCAGAUGGUGCUGAUUCAAGUCCCGCCUCCUCCUGGGACAGUUCCUGUUGUGGCCCCUGUCUCCAGUCCUCAGAAGAUGCUCCUGAAGCCGGUCCAGACAGCAUCAGGUGUUCAGUUUUACCGCAGACCUGAUGGGAAACUGGUCCAGCUGGUCCCCCUCAGCCAAUUGAGGCCAGUCACACCUACCCUGCCCGUGCAGAAAGCUGCUUUGUCUUCCUCCACAUCGCUCCUCUCCUCUGCAGCGUCCCCAGAUGUCACAGUCAGACACCAAGCUCCGCCUCUGACCACCUCCACCUCUCUCUCUGUACCCGUCAAACCAGGAUCUGGUUUCCUGUCUCAAAAGGGGACCUGCACCUUUAAAAUCGUCUCCGCCAACUCUAGCAGGGACCCCAUUAUCGUUACCUGUGCUAAAGCCCCGCCCAAGCCCCCCACCAAGGUGGUGGUGGCGGCUCAGAGUUCCUUCACCCUCCUCCAGACACGCCCCUCCAACCCACCUUUAGCCCCAGUGAAGCUCUUCUCGCUCAAAGCCUCCACGGCUCAGGGCACCGGGCAGGGGAUCAAAACUGUGAAGGCAGCUGCGACGGGUAUGGGAGGACUGCUAGUCAAAUCUGCUCUACCCCAAACCUCCCCCGCCAUCCCGACUCCCACAGAGCCCAAUCACACACCACAAACCCUGCCUCCAGCGGGGUCAGAGUUUUCUACUCUGCCGCCACCUCGCCCAGCUCCUGAUGUGAUCAGUCCUGAACCAGAACUGGCCCGAGACUUGGUGGACCUGGACAUCAUCUGUGUGGAUGAUGAGAAGCCACUUGCAACCAUGGAGAGGCAUUCAGUAGAGGUGACAUCGAGCAGCGAGACAGAAAACUCGUCUGACUUCAGAGAGUCGGAGAGCGAAGACGAGAAGCUCCCGCCCACAAACAACAUGCGUUUCCUUCACACCACGCUGGAGCGGAUGCGUCGGGGGAGGCUGCGUCAGCUGUUCGACAGUCUGAGGAGGACAGUGGGACUCCCAGAAGAGAGAAUGUCAAAGGUCUCCACGCUGAAGACGGCGGUGGAUGUGAUCUGGGAGCUGAGGAAGACCGAGUCACACUUAAAGAGGAAGAAGAUCAGGCUGAGAAAGAAGAGGGAUAAAUACCUGUGGAGCAUCGCUCCAUCAGGAGGUCAGACCGAGUCAAUGGGGGCAGUGGAUCUGCUGGACGAGCCGACGAUAAUCUCAUCUGACGAGGGGAGAGUCGUCAUCUCGGACAGUGAUGUGGAGGAGGAAGAUGAUGAAGGUCGGGGGGUUGCUGUGGAGACUGCGGGGGAGAACAGUUGGCUGGCGAGGAAGAGGAGCUCAGAGGUGGAGGAGGAGACGGCGGCUCGCGGCAGCUCGGCCGCCCUCGCAACUCUCCGAUCAGCCGUGAACAGCUCAGACUCUGCGGAGGAGCAGCUGCUGGAGCAGGCGCGGCAGGUGAUCCAGACUCUGCAGUCUGAGACAAAGGACCUGAAGAGUCUGAUGCAGCAGAGAGACAUCCACAUAAGGGACAUGUCCAGCAGAACAAGUGAGGAGCCAGUGGAGGAACCAGGUAAGAGUGAGCAGAGGAUACUGAGGAAGCUGCAGCAUCUGCCGUCCGGACAGAAAGAGAUGGAUGAGGAGAGACAGCGAGCGACCAAUCAAUUCCCAGCAAGGGGCGGGGCCUGCAGAGCAGGAGAUGAGAGUAAUGGGAGUGUCAUGACAUCAUCAGACCAACAGAAGACCGCACAUGCCCCUCCCACUUCUGUUUCUUCCCCACCCACUCCUACACCUGUCCAAACACCUUUCCAGGUGUUGCCAUCUAUCCUGACUUCCCCUGUUGCAACCCACAAUACACCUGUGCAGAGGGAGCGUUCAAGGACGAUUCCUAACAUCCUGUCCCGCAGUAAGACUCAGGCUCCGCCUUCACCUGUGCUCACAAAGUCAGCAGAAGGUGAGCCUUCAUCCUUUCAGGCUCUCGUUCCCACUGACGUUCUCUCUCUGGUUGGGGCAGCGUUACCUGGGAAACCAGUCCUGACCCUGAACCCUGUGACGACAGGAUCGGUGAUGCUGCAGCCAACACCAACUCCAGGUGUGGCCUCGGUCACCCUGAACAUUCCCACUCUAACCAAUCAACAGAUCCAUCUCACCUCACUGCCCCACCCCCCAGCUGGCCCCCUCGCUGUCACUAACCUCACAGCCUCAGCCCUUGGCAGCGUGCUGCAGCUUGUUCAGACAAACACGCCACAACAGGAGGCUCCCCCUCCAUCUGAUCAGCUGCUCCCUGCUGCUCGUCCAGAGGUCUCUGCUGGAUCACUUCAAUCCACAGACCAGAUCACAGACCAGGACCAGGCCCCGCCCCUCAGUGAUGUCAGAUCUGCAUCCUUGUCAUGUCAAAGCACUGACCGCCGCUUGGAGGAGAGGGAGGCAGGGCCUCCAGAGCCAGAGACCAGGGGUGACCCAGAGAACGAGAAUCUGACGUCGCUUCUUGACGAGCUUGUCUUCCUCAACCAGCAGGUGGGGAAACAAGAUACAGCGGCGGUGGGCGGAGCUGACGAGGAGGGACAUUCCCAUAGUCCCUGGAUGUUGCAGCUGGACUCAGACUCUGACACAGAGGGGGCAGGGCCCGACCUCCACACACAGGAAAGGCAGAGCAGUGCAGAGCCAGAACUGGACAACUCUAAAGAAGGUGUGCUGACCCCGCCCCCUCUGCUGCAGAUGAAGGUGGGUGGGACCAAAGAGGCAAGCACCAGCAGCAGCGAAGGAGACGGCACAGUGGGACCGGGAAGAGGGGGCAGGAUGCAUGGGGGCAUGGCCUGGAGGCCCAUGCCGAGGCUGGUUCCUCUUGGACUGAGAGGACACGCCCCCAGCUGACAUCACACUGUGUGACUGAUGACAUCACAGCAGCAUCCUGAAUUGGUUCGGGGGGGGGGGCACAUUCAUGUUACUUUGUUAAUGUUGAGUUAUUGUUAGAGAAUCAAAUUUGUUUUCAAUCAGAAGUUAUUGAUGAUCAGGUUGAAAUGGGAAACUAAAAGGCAGGAAGUGUGGCCGAGAUCAGCUGAUCAAUUGACUCCAUUGGGAUGAAACCGGAUGCAGGAAGUGCCUUAAAUCUGCAUCCUACCUGAGGGCCACCGGGGGGCGACAGCUGUGGCCCCACAAAGACUUCCUGUUUAGAAGUCUACUGGAAAAAUGGCACCCUGACUCUGACCACUGAACGCUUCCUGGUGAGUCGCUCGUUUUGGGUCAUACCAUGUUUCAAGACGGAGGAUCAGCAACGGUAUUUUCUGCCCUUUAUUGGCUAACGACAUUUCAGUCACACGUUAUCCAUUGAGUGAGCGGUUCCAGUCAGUCCCACCCCCUAUCCUCACUGCAGCUUUCUUAAAAUCAAGAUGGUGGAAGCCAGCACAUGACUUUGCAGUAGCUCCGCUCAUCUUUUUUCAUCUGUAGAGAAAAACAAUGUUUAAACCCGGCCGUUAACUUUUCGUGGUUUACUUUGAAAGGGUUUCUCUGACUUCCUGUUUUCAACGGUGGCCCUCAGAGAAACUUGGGGAGUCGCCGAGUAGACGCCGUGUUUGACCUUGAGUGCUGGUGCUGCUGAGAAGCCCCAUCUCCAUCCCACCCACAUAGAAUGUUCUGAUGUUGCAUUCAGAUGUCUUCCUGUUUGUGUCGUGACAUUUGAGUCGUUCUUAGGUCGUCUGAGAACAGCAUCUGCAUCACAUGGAGAAACUGUUCAGGUUGUUUGCCCAAUGUUCAAACUUUAUUAUGAAAGUCUGGCUGGUGGAGUGUUUGUUUCAUUGUGUUCAGCAGGAAAAAUGCAGUCACGGGGACUCACCUGCAGCUUUUCUUUUUCUUAAACAAGUAUUUUUGUACGUUUACAUCAGCUGUCUGAGCAGCUGGAAGGAAACAGAUAUCAAUAAAGGUUGAAUAUUUGAA